AUGAAACGGCUGCUGAACACUCAACCCGAGCGGCUUGCUAGGGGUCGUUUGCCCACCCUGGUCUCCCGCUGCAGCGCCCGAUGGUUCUCUCCCAGCUCUUCGACACCCAUUCGCCCACCGCUGAUCAGCAUCACCAACGCCAGCUUUUAUCGCGACUACCCGGCUCCUGGUCUGGUAAACGAUUCAAAUGCUCCCAUCUUUUCAAACAUUUCUUUCAAUCUUCCCUCCGGCGCUCAAUCUCCAGCGGAGUUGCAGCAUUGGGCCGUAGUCGGCUCUUCGGGCAAGGCGAAGUUUCUAGGGGUUCUUAAUGGACAAUAUAUUUGUAUACCACCCACCGCCCGAUCAUAUCCUUACUUAGCUACGGAGGAGAUUAAGGAGAAAGAUCCCCGACUUAGAGUUCCUGCAUUUGCCGUCAAGUAUGUUGGGUUUGACGGCGAUGCAAAGCGGGCGGCCGGCGGAGUUCGAGGAGCAUACCUCAGUGCCCGAUACGAAAGCCGCAGAGAGGAUACUGAUUUUACGCUUCUGCAAUACUUAACUGGACAUGCAGAGCUGAAUGCCAUCAUUGAAGAAAAUCCUGUGAACCUGCGCGUUUUGGAAAGGGUGGUUCUUGAUCUGAAGCUGGAAACAUUGUUGGACAUGCCCGUGGCAAACCUCAGCAAUGGCCAGACGAGGCGGGCGAGAAUUGCAAAAGCUUUGCUUGACGAACCCGAGGUAUUAUUACUGGACGAGCCCUUUAUGGGUUUGGACCCGCCUACUGUUGAAAGGCUCUCAAAAAUGUUGCAAAAUCUCGCAGUGAAAAGUGCACCAAGGCUUAUUAUUACACUACGGCCACAAGAUUUUGUUCCCAGCUGGAUAACGCAUCUGGUCAUUCUGGGAGCUGCAAAUACUGUUGCCCUGCAGGGCGAAAAAUCCACUGUUUUACGAAAAUUGGACAUAUGGUCAGCAGUAUCUCGCCGAGCAAUAGUACCGGCAUCUGAUGCCAACAAAGGUGUUGCUGGUCACAAUAUUCCCAAAUUACUACCCUGGAGUAUGCAAGAUAAUCAAUUCUACCAAGCUCUAUCCCGUGAAGAGCGAGUAGAGUAUGACGACAUCGAAAAAUUAUGCGAAAACAACCUUUUUGGGUCGAGACAAGACAUCUUGAAUGGUUUUGGCAUCGCAUCUAAAGUAUCCAAUGAAUCUAGUGUCUUUAGGAAGUAUGUUCCUUGUGGAGAAGCUAUCAUUGAAAUGGAUGGUGUCACGGUUCAGUAUGGUGAUAACGUGGUGCUUGGGGGCUGGGAGCAAAGGAUUGGCACCGAGAAGAAACCCGGAUUGCAUUGGAAAGUCUGUCGUGGGCAGAGAUGGGGUGUGUUUGGACUCAAUGGCUCUGGAAAAACCACACUGUUGUCUCUAAUCACUUCAGAUCACCCACAGGCGUAUGCUCUACCGAUUAAGCUGUUUGGACGCUCAAGACUCCCAGAGCCAGGAAAACGGGGAAUAUCAGUUUUUGAUCUACAGCGACGAAUUGGCCAUUCAUCACCGGAAGUUCAUGCAUUUUUCCCUCGACAUUUGUCGAUUCGUGCGUCGAUAGAAACUGCAUGGUCUGACACGUUUCUAGCAAAGCCUAAACUGGACUCAGAGAACAAAUUGGAUGUUGAUUCGGCUCUACGAUUUUUUGAAGCUGACCUGAAUCCCAAAUUUGUACACUGGUCCGAAAGACCUCCAAUAGACCAGCUGAAGUGGGCAACAUCUAUUCCAUUUUCUCAGCUUUCAAUUGCCCAGCAACGUCUCGUUCUUUUUAUUCGCGCUCUGGUUCAUAGCCCUGACCUCAUUGUGCUUGAUGAACCUUUUGCUGGCAUGUCUGCAUCUUUGAGGGAUAAAUGUUUGCAUUUCCUGGAAGUAGGAGAGAUGAAUAUUACAAGCAGUGGCUCUAGAAGAAUGGGGGGCUUGGAAGCAUGGAAUUUACCACCUGAUACCCCGGAACACAAGCCCAGACACACGGGGAUAGGUGAUCAGCAAGGUUUGAUUGUCAUUAGCCAUGUAAAAGAAGAAGUGCCAGAUAUUAUAUCACAUUGGAUGGUUCUACCUAGUCCAAUACAGCAACAGAAAAGUGGUGAUUUGGAGCUGAGGACUGGCAUAGUAGGGGAUAACUCAGCGAUUUCUUCGGAGGAGGUGUGGCAAGAAAUUUGGGAAACCUCCAAAGAAUAG